AAAUGCAAAUGUUACAAAAAGAUUUUUUUUUAUUAUCAAAUGUGCUACUUUGCCCGCGAAACUCCCGCUGGAUUUUUAUAUGGCACUGGAUCUAGACAGCAAUGCCCGUUAGAGAGAGAGGGGAUCGUUAACGAUUGGAUUGAUGAUGCAAAAUGGGCAGCUGGAAUUUUGAUCCAAAAUAGACAGAGAGAGAGGUGGGGGAAAGAGGGAGGUGAGGAGGGAGAGAGACAUGUAACAAAAAGGGGGAACACCCAGAAACCGUUUUUGAUGUCAUUUCAAAACAACAAGUUUGGGAGACCAAUGUGGUUGAUGUUGAUUUUCAUCUUGUUUUAAUUUUUGAUUUCAUCUGGGUGUUUGCCUUUCAUGGUGAUGUUUUUGCUGCGACAACAAAAUUAGAGACAGAAAGCAAGAAUGGGCAAUGGCAAAACCCAGAAUAGGGAAUCUCCCUCCAGAGACUUGUCCAUGGCCACUUCCAAAUCCAAACCCAUGAGGCUCUACCAAGUUUGGAAGGGUAACAAUAAAUUUCUCUGUGGCGGAAGACUGAUCUUAGGUCCUGAUGCAGCUUCACUAUUCUUGACUACAUUUCUUAUCGGAGGUCCUGCACUAGCAUUCUGCAUAAGGAUGCUGGUGAUAACGGGACAAGAUGAUCCACUAUUUGACUACCCUGUUUUUAUUGGGGGAUUAGUCCUAACUGUUUCGGCCUUCAUGUUUCUCUCCUUGACGUCGAGCCGAGAUCCAGGAAUUAUUCCCAGGAACUCAGUAGCUCCUGAUGCAGAUGACCCACUUGAAUUCACUACUCCCUCUAUGGAGUGGGUCAAUAGUAAAACUCCCAGCUUGAAGAUACCACGAACAAAGGAUGUAAUGGUCAAUAACCACACAGUUAAAGUGAAGUUUUGUGACACUUGUUUGCUAUAUCGUCCGCCACGUGCCUCUCAUUGCUCUAUCUGCAACAACUGUGUGCAAAAGUUUGAUCACCACUGUCCAUGGGUGGGUCAGUGCAUCGGAGCACGCAACUACCCAUUUUUCAUAUGUUUUAUAUCAUCAUCAACCUUAUUGUGCCUAUACGUCUUUGUGUUGUCCUGGAUCAACAUCCUUCGGCAAAAGGGCAAUUUUUGGGGAAUCAUAUCACGCGACAUCGUAUCAGUCGUUCUCAUUGUCUAUUGCUUCAUCGCUAUCUGGUUUGUCGGUGGUCUCACAGUUUUCCACUUUUAUCUUAUUUGCUCAAACCAGACAACCUAUGAGAAUUUCCGUUACCGCUAUGAUAAGAAGGAAAACCCCUUUAACAAAGGUUUGAUAAGUAAUCUUAAAGAAUUCUUCUGCUCAGGGAUCCCUAGUCGGAUGAUAAAUCUCCGAGCAUGGGCACCGGAAGAUGAUGAUUCAGUUAUGGGAUCCAUUUCAUCUGACCUCGGUGGAGGCUUCAUUGGCUCAAAGGAGAAAUUUGACAUAGAAAUGGGGGGAAAGCUUGGCAAGGAUGGUAUCGUGAAAAUUCCAAGUAUUAUGCAGAAUUUUGAUUAUAGUGGUAUUGACGACAAUUUGAAGACGAAGAGUAGAGACAUGAAUGCUUCAUUUGAUCCAUUUUUCUUUCCAACCGAUCGUCAACUAAUAAAGCAGCCAAAACCCAGUUUAGGAGCUCAUGCCCUAGACGAUAAAAGGAUGCAAUAGCUUAACUCACACCAUUCUGAGUCUCUGAAGAUGUAGGUUUAUCUGGACAAGAAGUUGAUCAGAGCAUGAAUGUCAUAGGUAUCUGACUACCUGUUGAUGGAUUGUGGUGUAUAAUUUGUUAGAAGAUCGCCGAUGUAAGUAAACUGAAACGAAACGAUGUAGCGAAUGAUUAAACUCAUUUUAUGUUUAUGCUGGCUGAGAUAUUUUGCCAAACAAAAGAACUACAUGAGAAAGAAAUAGAAGACAGAGGUUCUCUGUGUCUUUGAUGUC